GAGCAAAGCCUACUUCCUACCCUUGCCUUACAUAACCUCAGGGAAUGCGGGCCGCGCGCUCUCCUGUCGCAACGAGGCCCGUGGGCAGCGAGAUGGGUAGAAAUGAGCUUGCUUUGUAGACCACGGGCGCGGAAGGCUCCCUCUUACGCCAAUAACAGGCCUACUUCUACGUCGCUGCGGCGUGCGAGGGAUUCUGGGUCUCUGUUCCUGAUGCAGCGAGCUUUGGCCGCCAUCUUCCACCAGCGUGGGAUCGGAACCCUUUUCUCCCCAGCCUGGAGGCGGCCUCUUGACCCCUGCCAGGCCCCGGAGCUGCCAGUUGGCUUCCCCGGGCUGCUUAUGCCAUGGAGUCGCCAGCAGAUCCGGUCUAGAGCCCGCGGCAAUGAGUACCAGCCCUCGAAUAUCAAGCGGAAACACAAGCACGGGUGGAUCAAACGGAUCCGAUCGCGCAGUGGGAUUGACGUGAUCCUGCGCCGGAUGCAGAAAGGCAGAAUAUCCCUCACCCACUGAAGCACGGAGGAGGAGGCAAGGCUGCUUGCACCUUGGCUAGAAGGUGGUGAUGAAUCCUUCCUCCAGUCCGAAUCCUUGGAGCCUUCCCUUGGUUGGGUGCUGGCUGCGGUCGCUCUUUUCUGCCUAGAAGGACUGGGAUCCACACCUCAAGCAUAAUCAAUUAACUAACCCUCCUUGCAUGAAGAUGAACGAACCGUCACCCAUGUUUCUUUUAUAAAAGGAAUUAGAGAUGUGGUUAUUAAAAAGCUUGCCUGUGUCCCAGCAAA